AUGUUUUUCAAUUCAACCCCCCCUUCUUGUGUUUUUCACAUCUUCAGUGCGGUCAAUGUACGAGGUGGUGGCGCAGAAGGAGGCGAGGUAGGUGGUUUUGUUGUAGGGGUAGAUGAUGGUGUUAUUGAAUUCAUCUUGGGUGAUGGUGUCAUCGGAUAUAGUGGUGAAAAAGUAGGUGGUGGAGUGGUAGAAGCCGGUGUUGAUAUCGUAGGAGUCGUCUUAGGUGGUGGCAUCAUAAGAUAUGGAGGCAGUGCAAAAGAUGACCAUAUAUGUGGCGGUGGUGGUGAAGAAGAAGGCUUUUUAGGUGGGGGUGACGGUGGUGAUGGUGUAGGUGGUGGUGUCAAUGAGGGCUUCUUAGGUGGUGGUGUUGAUGGAGGUUUCUUAGGUGGAGGUGGUGAUGGAGGUGGUGGUGUGAAUGAAUACUUUUUAGGUGGUGGUGGUCUCUUGAUAGGACUAUGCAGCGGUAUCUUUGAUGGUGAUGUAUGA